AUGUCUCAACAACAAGCAUUGGAAGCAAAGAACAAGGGAAAUGCAGCAUUCACUGCAAAGAAGUUUGAAGAGGCUGUUGGACACUUUACCGAUGCUAUUGCUUUGGACCCAUCAAAUCAUAUCUUGUACAGCAACAGAUCGGCAUGCUUCAAUAAUAUGAAGCAGUUUGAGAAGGCAUUGGAGGACGCCAACAAGACUGUCGAGCUGAAGCCUGACUGGGCCAAGUCUUACCUGCGUCUGGCCAACGCCUUUGUCGGUCUCACCCAGUACGACGACGCUGACAAGGCCGUCAAGAAGGGACUCGAGCUCGAGCCAGAGAACGAGCAGCUGAUCGACCUGCAGAUCGAUGUGGUCAACUUCCUCAACCCAACGCCACCUGGACAGGUCAAGAACAUGUUUGGACCAGAGGGAAUGACCAAGUUGAUGUUCGACUCACGCACCAAGGACUUUUUGAAGCAGCCAGACUUCAUGGCCAAGAUGCAGGAUCUCGCCAAGACACCAGGCAACAUUACCAAGUACAUGGGCGACAAGCGAAUGGUGACUGCACUGAGCGUCAUCAUGGGCAUCGACCUCUCGAACGCCACCUUUGACAAUGACCCCAACGCCGACCCAUUCAAGGAUGACGACGAAUCAGAGGCACCCAUGCCAUCCAAGCCAGCCCCACAGCAGCAGCCACCACAACAACCACCACAACAACAACAGGCACCACAACAGGAGAAGCCAAAGCAGCCAGAGCCCACCAAGGCCAAACCCGCUGCACCAGAGCUCCCAGAGUCUCAGAAGGAGCGCGAGCUCGGCAACCAGUUCUACAAGGAGAAGAACUUUGACGCAGCCAUCAAGCACUAUGAGCGCGCCUUUGAGCUGGAUCCAAAUGACCUGUUGGCUUUGAACAACAAGGCAGCAGUAUUCAUGGAGCAGCAGCGAUACGACGAGUGCAUCGAGCUCUGCACCUCAGCCAUUGAGAAGGCGCGUGAGAUUCGCGCCGACUACAAGAUCCGCGCCAAGAUCUACACACGUCUGGGUAACGCCUACAUGAAGAAGGACGACCUUGACAACGCACUCAAGAACUACAACCACGCCAUUGUCGAGGACAAGACCGCCGACACCAUCGCCAACCUGAGCCGCGCCGAGAAGUUGAAGAAGGAGCGCACUGAGAAGGCCUAUCUCAGCACUGAGCUGUCGCUCGUCGCCAAGAACCAAGGUAACGAGCACUUCAAGAAGGGCGAGUACCCCGAGGCCAUCAAGUCGUUCGACGAGGCCGUCCGCCGCAACCCCACCGACCACACAAUCUACAGCAACCGUUCGGCCACCUACGCCAAGCUGACCGAGUACCCACGCGCUAUCAAGGACGCCGAGAAGUGCAUGGAGCUUGCACCAAACUUUGUCAAGGGAUACAUCCGCAAGGCCAACGCACUGUUUGCCAUGCGCGAGUAUCAAAACUCUCUGCAGAUCUGUGACCAAGGUCUGAGAGUCGAGGAGAACAACCCAGAGCUGGUCGAUCUCUCCCAGAGAAACCUGCUUGCACUCAACAAGCAACAGAGCUCAAUGACUGACGAGGAGCGUCUUGCCGAGGCCGCCAAGAAUCCAGAGAUCUUGGAGAUCCUCCAGGACCCAGUCAUGAAUCAAAUCUUGAAGGAUAUGUCCACCAACCCAGGUGCAGCUCAAGAUCAUUUGAAGAACCCAUUGGUUAGAGAGAAGUUUGAGAAGCUUGUCAAGGCCGGUGUUGUCAAGAUUGGUGGAAGAUAA